GGGCCGGGGCGGGGCCGGGCGCCGAUGGCGGCGCCGCGCGCGGUGCUGCUGCUGAGCGGGAAGAGGAAAUCGGGGAAGGAUUUCGUGGCCGAGGAGCUGCGGAGCCGGCUGGGCCCUGAUGUCUGCACCAUCCUGCGCCUCUCCGGGCCCCUCAAGGAGCAGUACGCCAAGGAGCAUGGUCUCGACUUUCAGCGACUCCUGGAUGCCAGCGCCUACAAGGAGGGGUUCCGUCAGGACAUGAUCCGCUGGGGCGAGGAGAAGCGCCACGCCGACCCCGGCUUCUUCUGCCGGGCAGCAGUGCAGGGGGCGCAGCAGCCGGUGUGGGUGGUGAGUGACACACGGCGCCUCUCAGAUGUGGAGUGGUUCCGGGCCGCCUACGGGGAUGUGGUGCAGACCGUGCGGGUGGUGGCUACUGAGGAGACAAGGAAGAGGAGGAACUGGGUCUUUGUCACUGGGGUGGACGACGCUGAAUCUGAGUGCGGCCUGGACCAGGGAGUGGCCUUUGAUUGGGUGAUCACCAAUGACGGGGAUAAGGUGGCCCUGGAUGAGCAGCUGGAGAUGCUGGUGCAGGCUCUCCACAGCAGCCUCUAGUUCCAUGUCUCUCCACUGGGGCUUGGGGACUGCAUCAUCCCUCCCUUCCCCCCAGCCCCUCAGCAUGUCCCCCUCCACCUCCUGCUGAUGAUGCUUCCUGUUCUGGAAUAAAGCUCUGACACUGAGAACCGCU